AGAUCGGCACAACAGCUUGUUGUGAUUUGCCGAAUUUAUUUUCUAUUUUUUGUUAUGUCGUAAUUUCAACUCUCAAUUAAGUGAUAAAAUGAGCCUGUUUGGAAAGAAACGUCAAGAUGAAGUGGAGGCUGCAAGGCAAAUGGCUAUUAAGCUGACCCUUAGCAAAGAAGUAGCAUCUUCUAUCAAAAAGCUCCAGCGCGACCAUAUUAGUCUUGAUUCAGCCAUCAGAAGUGGUGACACAGCAAACCGAUUCUGCAAUGUCAUGGAAGCCAUCCUCCUCCAUGAGUUGAAGGACUCUUACUCUUCUAAGACGUUUUGGCCAUUUCUGAUGAAGUUCACUCACAGAGAUGUCAUUGAACAGAUCAAAGAAUUGUCUUUCAUCAAAACUGAAGUUGGAUUUUGUAGGGCUUGGGUACGACUGGCUCUUAAUGACUGUUUAAUGGAGAGUUACAUGUCAGCCAUCCUUAGGGAUAGCAAGGCCAUCAGACAAUACUACGGACGCAACUCAUUCCUAAGAGAUCCUGAGCAACCAUUUAUCAUCACAAAUUACCUACAGGGUCUAGGCAAUUUUUCCUUUCAGCUCUCGCACAACUCAACUCUGCUUAAUGUUUGGGGUGCAGCACCCUCUAUGUUGAAGGGUUCCUGGUCUCCGCCUGGUGACAACAAGGCAAACAAAACAACUUCUCCAAGGCCUUCAACAGAUCUAACAGCGUCAUUUCAAGACUGGCCGGCAGCGAACAGUCCAUUGACUCCAUCAACACCAAGCUUCACCAUACCAGACGGUGCUCUCCAGGUGACUCCCAACAGUUCUGUUGACAUGCCGUACCAUGUUGGAAGCUUCCAUGAGAGCGAGAUGAGCACCAACUUGCUGCGCAGCCUGGAGGAAGAGGAGAGGGGAACGACAAGGGAUGUGCCUACCGAGUCGAACCCGAUGAUUCAAGAAGGGCCAUCGGUGGUCUUGGAAGAGUCAGAAGACUUUGAGGACAGUAUCGUGAUCCAUAUGUCACCUACUGAGAAUACACCAACCCAAGGAGAGGGUAAAGCUUCGGUUGAUGGCCCACAUACAGGACAUUCUGUUGCCCAGAGCAUGGAGGCUCAUCCGCCUCUUCCGAGGAAUCCCUUUGAGGAUGAUCUUGAGGACGAUGAUCAAGGGAUUGUCUUUGAUCCUGUUGUACAAACCAAAGAUGUGUCCACGGUGUCAAAGGAACAAUCAAGCACACCUAAGUAUCCUGGUGAGGAAAAUAGACUUGCACCAAAGGAUCAACCUAAUCAACAAGCAGAAGACCCUUCACUUUAUUCUGACAAUUUCAAGAAAGACACAACUCAACCAACAAAAAUCAGAAUGGACGAUCUUGAUGAUAACAACCCAUUUUUCAGAGCUGAUGGAAGCAAGGAUGUCAGGAACUCAGAUGAUUUUGUAAAGAAACCUAGGAUACCAUCCCUGAAGGAGGAACUUGAUGCAGCAGAGGGAGGGAUGUUUGUUUGUAGAUCCAACAUUGAAUAUUACAAUGAAGAGGAUGAUGGUGAGGAUGAGGAAGAUGGUGAUGACUACCAGGGUGCUGGUGGAAGAGGAGUGGAAUCAGAACAGGUCAGUGCUAGGACACCUGAAACAAAAGUCAAGGAGUUGAAUGAUCAAGGGAUAGGUGACGAUGACAGGAAGGGAGGAGUUCCAAGUGGAGGGGAUUAUGGAAAAGGGAGGGAAGAGCUGACGAGUUCCUAUGGCAACAGCCUUGGAAGACACAGAGGCUGGUCUUCUGAGUUCCACAGACCAACAUCAAUGAUGGCUGAAGAUGCUCGGGAUGGAUACACAAGGCAAGAGAGUUACCAAACCUUACUGAAGAACUACAUGGACACCACAGACAAGGCCAUCACACCUGUCAGUAACCUUUCAACUUUGACCUCGCCAACCAGUGACACGUCAGGCAAAGAUGCCUCUACAGCACAUUCUAUGAAGCAGACUUCUGCACCAUCUUCUCCACAACCCGCCGAUUUUCCCUUGGAUUUUGAAAUCAUUCCCUUCAGCAGCUCACCGGCUUCCAAACAUGCCGACACGCGCACACAGGACCUUCUAUCUGGAGUGACGACCAUCGCCAAUGAGAAGGGUCUCGACUCUCAGAACUACCAGUGCAAAGGAUGCACUAGGCCAGUAGGGAUUAUCUAUGGGAAAGCCAAGGUGUGUGGAUACGAUGGAUGUUACUAUUGUUAUGAAUGUCAUAAUGAUGAGGAAGCCGUCAUUCCGGCAAGAAUAUUGUACAGCUGGGAUUUCAGGAAACAAAAAGUUGCCAAGCACACCAAGAGUUUCUUGCAGCAGAUCGAGGCCAUGCCAUUGAUAGAUAUAGCUGAAACCAACCCAUCACUCUACAAAGCUGUUCCAGAACUAGAAGAAGUCAAGGGUGUCCGUAUGCAACUCAAGUAUUUGAAAGCCUAUUUGUUCACCUGUAAGCAGUCUGUAGCAGAAGAACUGAAGAAGAGGGUGUGGCCAAGGGAAUACAUGCUAGACCAUGUUCAUCUGUACUCCAUGCUGGACUUCAAUCAAGUACAGGCAGGGACCCUCUCACCCAUCCUGAGGAAAGUGGUUGUAUUUGCCGUCAAGCACGUCCAGCAGUGCGCCCUCUGUAGUCAGAAAGGGUUCAUCUGCGAAAUCUGUGAGAACAGCAAAAUCAUCUAUCCCUUUGAUACAGAUCUUACUGUUCAGUGCGACAGAUGCAAGUCGGUGUACCACAAAGCAUGCAAGACAGAGAUGAAGCCCUGCCCGAAGUGUGUGCGUAGGAAAGUGAGGAAGACCCAAGCCGACCAGAGCACAAGCCAAGCAAACUUUGUCUCUCCUUUCACCUGAUGGGGGUAGGCAGAGAAGAGGGAUACAGCCCUGUAUCACAAAGACUUGCAAUCAAUCACAACAUGGCAAUGGCCUAUCAGCAUCGUUGUUGCAUGGGAAUUUCACCGUCAACCAAUCAGGAUCGGUGUUUAGAUUUGCAGUUAAUUGCAGAGUUUUGUGUUACCGGGCCCAGCUCAUGCCAGAUUUUGCCUUUCAAUAUCAUACCAAAUUGUUGCCUUACUGACUGGCCCUUUAUCCAUCAGCCAUAUGCCUCCUAAAUGGCAUGAAUACUCUUUAUACUGAAUGAACGCCCCAGAAAUCAACAACAACAACAACAUUCAAAGUCUGUAUUUUAUACACUGUAAGAAUGAACACAGCGAAACGCAGGAUCAUAUUGUGUAGCGAGUCUAGGAUUUCAGGUGAGCAAAAAUGAAUGAGUUGAAGACAUGAUUUUCAACCUUUUUUUUGGGGGGGGGGGGUGCUAAAAGCUGGGGACCUGUCUAUUUGCGGAGAGAGGGUUAGGAAAUAAAGAUGAUACAGUGGCCUUGUCUUCACUAAUUGGGCAAUCCUUUCUAACUUAUAUUAAGUUUAUAAAUAUACAGUGUAAUUAGCACAAUUAGCAUGACACAUUUCAUUGCACAAUAUUUUAUAACUGCAGAAAGGUUUGCUGUGUGUUUAAUAGUCUCUGUUACAAUAUUCCACACAAAUGUACUCAAGCACUUCAUUUUAUUUAGUGGGGGCAUCGUGGUCUAGUUGAUAUGACUCAUCUUUCAGUCAGAGGGACGUGGGUUCGAACCCUAGCCAUGGUAUGUUUUCUUUCAGCAAGAAAUUCACCCACAUUGUGCUGCACUCGACCCAGGUGAGGUACAUGUAUGUGGCUUCCUGGUAGGAUUUAUUCCUAUUAUGCUUUAGCGCCGAUACGGCACCUCAGCUAAGGCUGGGGUAAUAAUAUGAUACCAAGUGUCAAAGCAUGUUUGAGUAUAUGCACAUAGUAACUGAGCUAUACACAGUAAAUAUUAUUAUCGUUAUUAUGUCAUUUCUAAUUGAUUAAAAAUGCAUUGAUCGUACAUUGAAGGCCAUGCUUGGGGGCAAUAUUUGCCUUUAAUAGCAGGAAUCAAAUCCAAAAGGCUUGCAUUUUCAGAUGGGUGCUAUUUCUACAUGGGGAAACAUACAAUGUACAUGUUUACAACACCUAUAUAAAGAUGUACAUUGUAGCAUUGAUGCAUGGAACCAUGUCAUCUGUAUCAUGUAUACUUUGUCCAACAUUCAAUAUCAUAUCUCAUUUACACUUGUAGUCAAAGGAUAUUAUAAUUUAUUUCUUAGUUCAUCUCUUAAUGGUUAAAUUGCCACUUGGUCUACACCCACUUUGUCUACUUUUCAUUGGUCUAAUUACCAUUUUGUUUAAUUAAAUAUCCAGUUAGGCGUUAGGCUAUACACAUUUGGUCUAGUUCAACUUAUUUAUAGGAUUAAACUUUAAAAGGAAUUUUCAAAUUUCAUUUGACAAAGUGCAAUAUAUAUAAAAAUAUAUAUGUGUAAGUGCACUGAGGGGAAAUUAGACUAUUUGGGUGUUAGGCUAAAUGGCAGUGUGUCCAGUAGACCAAUAGACAUGAUGGAGUUAGAUGGUCUCCUCAUAAAGCAAGUGAUUUUAAAUCUUUGAUUUUGCUUCUCUUUUGUCUUUCUCACAUUGACAUGGAGUCUUGAUAAAUUUGUCCGUCAUUCAGGCCUUAAAUCUGGUUUAGUCCCCGACUACAGGGGUGGCCGGAUUCACCCGUCCAUUCACUUUACUCCAUUCGGUGCAUCCUCCUCCCUCAACACAAGCCUCUUACUCUUCCAAACCCAACAUCUACAUUAAAACCUCAAGAUUCUAGGGAAAAAAAGUUUUGGGUAUUGAUUUUGUAAUUGUCUCAAUAUACUAGAUACUUCUGGUGGACAACAAAACCUGUUGUCUCGAUAAGAAGUUCCAGCCAAGGUAAGGUAGUAAAUAUUGCUGACAUACAUGAAAGUAGUUCCUAUUUAAAAGACUUCUCGAUGACAAGGUGUAUUGAUUUAAUUCUAUGAAAUAAAAAGCUGAUCUAGUAAUUAUAACAAAUACUAAAUCCUCCACCCAAAAAGGGAAAGAACAGUAGAUUAGGUAAUUUCUUCCCAGCGAUUAUUUUACUGGUACAAAACAAUUUGUGUUUUGUUCUUGACUGGUUAUUAUUAGAACAAUAAUUUUCUUUGUUUUUCCUUCAUUUUAUUUUUAUUAUAUGCAAGGUGCAAUACAUUUUACUUAAUGGUACAAUUUAUGCUGUUUGAUUUGUAUUAUUUUUAUCAUUCAUUAUGAUUUAUUAUGUAUCUAAUGUAGUUAAGGCAAAAGUCUUGUCAUGAAGCGGCAAUUCCGGUAUAAAGGUGCUAUCUGUUCAUCACGACUUUCCCCACAUUCCCCAUGACAUGUGAUAAUUGGUAUUGGAAAGCCAAUUAAAGGUUUCGGUGGGUAGAGGCUAUCGCGCACCUAACGACCUGACUGGUCUGCAACUGAGUGAGGGGAGGUGAAUCGCAAGGUACAUGUAGUCAUAAGCUUUGACACAGCACACCUUGCGAUCCGACUACCCAGCUAGUCAGCGACUCAAACAUGCGCCGUUUGCCAUAGCAUGUGUGAAAAUGACACUUACUACUGCGUAUGCGCAUUGCAUAUCAUGUACAUGUGGGUAUUAAGUGCGACUCUGCUGUCAGAUUGGCUUGAAGUUGGAAUGAGCUUGCGAUCCAGUUGUAAGGAUUCGACAGGUCAAAUCCUUACGAUUUUGGGGGGUUUGUCUUUGACUGGUCUGCAACUCUCAAGCUGACAAGAGCUGUGACGUCAUAUUUCCCUUCACUCAGUCGCAGACCGUCGGAUUUGUGCGGUGGCCUUAAAAUGUAGCUCUUACUGUUGACAAGGGCAUAAAUAUUAUUCUUUGUUUGCUUUGUAAUUGACUAGUGCAUCAUUGGUGGAAAAGCUUUUUAUUUCUUUACUUUCAUUGAAAUGUGCAUUUAUAUUCAAGUUCAACAAACUCUGAAGGGAUAUUAUAGAAACCAAGGAGGCUAAGUGGAAAGGGUAGAUAAUUUACCAAUAUGCAAAUUUGUGUAUGUUGUUAUUGUGUCACCCGAAAAUGCGCAGCAAGGAUGUGUUGUUUUCUAAAGUAUGAUAAAUUAAUGAAUAGUAUACUGCAAUUUCUUUUUUAUACACGUUAUUUAUGAAUUGAGCAGAUAUCUGUGCACUGCAUGCAAAUAAUAUUUAUCAGGGUAUUUCCUUUUAUGCAGAAAGAACGAAAAUAAGUUCUUAUAAUUUGAAAGUUCCCAUUAGUGUUUAAACGCACAACUCCAUGAUUACUUAAAAAUGGUGAAGGGGAUAUUCUGAAAUAAAUUCUAAUUAAUUCAUCAAUGUAUGUACUUUAUUAGCAGAUGUAUAUUAUGAAAGUAAGUUAAGCAGAUAUUAUAUGACCAUACUGUCAUUUUCAGUAUUAAAUUUAUAUCAUUUGAA